CUCCCCACCACCUGCCCCCCUCUCCCCACCACCUGAGCGGCCUCCCCUCCUCCACCCCGGCCCUGCCCCUGUCCAUAGCCAACCUUUCUACCUCGCACUAUUCCUCCCUGCGAAGCCCGGCCCAUCGCCAUCCGGCCAUGUUCGCAACCCCCGCCACACUUCCGCCACCUCCGACCUUACCCACCAACAGCCUUGUGGUCCCUGGGCACCCCGCUGGCACCCCCUACCCAGAGCAUGACCUCCUGCGGCAGGAGCUGAAUAACCGCUUCCUGGUUCAGAGUUCAGAGGGGCGGAGCCGGGGGCCGUCCUCCGCGAGGUCCCCGCUGGCCCCUGUGUCACUCCUGAGGGGAGCGUUUCACCAACACCAGCACAUGCAUCAGCACCAACACACCCACCAGCACACCUUCACGCCCUUCCCGCCCAGUCUGCCCCCGGCCGCCAUCAUUACUUCGCCCACCGCACCCCCCAUGGUGCGAACCCCAGCCAGAAAUUUCGACAAAUACGCUCCAAAACUGGACAGUCCAUUCAUUAGACAUUCAAAUUUCUUCCCCUCCUACCCCCCCACAAUGCCAGGCAUGCCCCCGCUGCUCCCCCACUCAGGACCCUUCAGCUCACUGCAAGGAGCCUUCCAGCCCAAGUCCUCCAACCCCAUAGACGUAGCCUCCCGCCCGGGGGCAGUACCUCACACCCUCCUACAGAAGGACCCACGGGUAUCAGAUCCUUUCAGGACAUCAGUCAGAAAACCUGGCAAGUGGUGUGCGGUACACGUCCAGAUUGCCUGGCAGAUCUACCACCAUCAGCAGAAGAUGAAGCAGAUGCAGGUAGAUCCUCACAAACUGGACAUGAAUGGAAAGCUGGACCUGUUCAGCCGUCCCCCCGCCCCGGGGGUGUUUCCUGGGUUCCCCUACACCCACGACCUGGCACGACCCAUGUUCUCCUCCACAGGUUCUGGCCAUCCGGCCGCCUCCCCGUACGGCCCCUCCCCCCACCACAGUGGCUUCCUGCCUCCCAGCCACUUGGCAGGUAAGUAUCCUUUCAGUCGCUCCAGUACCUUUGGCGGCCUCGGCAACCUUUCAACCAGUGCCUUCGGAGGAUUAGGCAACCCCUCGCUUGGCUCCAACAGUAUCUUUGGCCAUAAAGAAGGCCCAGGGGGCCUGCCAGGCUUCGGCAGCCCCCACCACGAUACCUGGAACAGGCUCCACCGGACCCCACCCUCCUUCCCCACCCCGCCGCAGUGGCCCAAGUCUGCAGACGCGGAGCGCAGCAACUCAGUCAACAGCCACGAGCGAGAGAGAGAACGAGAGAGGGAACGGGAGAGGGAGAGAGAACGAGAGAGAGAACGGGAGAAAAGGGAUUCAUCCAUCAGCAAGGAGGAGAAGGAUAAAGACAGAGAUUCGAUUGACCGUAACCGUCACUCGAACCGUUCCUCCCCUGCGUCGGCCCAAACCAGCUACCAGAUCAGCAGCCUGAUCCGCUCUAACAGCCAGAACUCCAGUGACUCUGGUCGCCACCACAGCGCCAGUGUGGAUCGGGUCCGGGAGGCCGAGAAGGAGCUCCUGGAGCGCCACCGAGAGGCAGCCAUUCUGGGGGACGUCAAGGUGAAGGAGAGCCGCUCCCCUGGAGGAGGGAAGGAGGUGUCAGACAGAGACAGACGCUCGUCAGAGGACCCCAUCAAACCAGCCCACCGCACGCCCUCUCCCUACCCCAAGGCUGUCCUAUCUGAGACAGGAAUGAAGAUGGCUGGUGGUCCCCCACCCACUCUACUCAAGGACGGGGACAGGGACAGGAAGGAAGGUCCUCCGUCCUCUGGGGGGGACCUGCUGCUGCACAAGGUGAAGAACGACAUGAAGAUCAAGGAGGAGCGCAAAGAGGACCAGGAGGUGAUGGUGGUGAGCUCCGAGCCUGCCACUCAGCCUGCUCCUCCUCCUCAGCCUCUACCUCCUCCACCUCCCCAGCCCGGUCACCACCACCACCACCACCACCACCCUCCUCUGUCCCAGCAGCCUCCUCCCCCCUCCCCACGCUGCAGUGACUUGCCCACCCACGGCUCCCUGCAUGGGGUGCACAUGGCCCACUCCCUGCCCCUCUCCAUGAGCGCCAUGCACCAGAUGGGCAGUCUCAACGUGCUGGACCGGGCCCGCAUGGCUCCCUUUAUGGGGGUGAGCCCCCUGGCUGCUGCUGCAGGGAGGGACCGGAUGCCCCACCAAGCCUUCCCUUGGGACCCACUGAGGGAGGCCUACCGCAACCUGGACCUGCAGCGCAGGAUGGACUUUCAGCUGAGGGCUGAGCAGGCCCAGCGCUUCCCCAGCAUGUACGAGCAGGAGCGGGCUUACCGGGAGAGAGAGGCCCACGACUACUCCCACCAUGAGCACAUGCUGGAGGUACGGCGGGAGCACGAGAGGAUGAGGCAACAGGCAGAGGAAAGAGAGCGCCAGCACCUGAGGGAGGAGCUGGACCGAGCGCGGCUCCACCAGCUGCACCAGUCCCCCAUGGAGGGACACCUGCCACACAUGCCCCCCUUCAUGCCCCACCUGGGCGGCAUGCCCUACCCCAGACUCAGCCCCUCCACCGGACACAACGGCCUGCUAAACCGGACGCCCCCCACUGCUGCCCUUAGCGCUCCCCCCCCCCUAGUGCCCGCGGGCAGCACCAGAGCAGCCUCCCCAGAAGGACUACCCCCACACCACCCAGGACCCCGAGAUUACUCCCCCUCCCGCAACCCCAAAGAAGUGGAGGCACGGUAGCUUGACAUAACAGACAAAGGACGUGAAUGCUUAAAAAGGCGCACUCCCCAAUUUAGAACCUUCUAGAGAGAACAAGAUGCACUGCUUUUCAAUGGAGAAAGGCAUAAGUAAAAGAGAAAACAGUAUGAUUGUACAAAGUAAAGAUUUGUAAGGGUGAAGAAGCACAUGCCAUGCUUUUAUUUUAUAUGGACAGGCUGAUGAGAAUGUUGGUUAGAAGAACACAAAAAGUAUGUGUAUGUUAGUUGCCGACUUAAAAUUUGAUAUUAAUAUAUUAAUCCAAUACCUUUUGUCGAUUUUUCCGUGAAAAGUGAGAUUCUGAUUGAAAAGAGAGAUUCUGAUUGAAAUUAGUUUGUACAUUUCCUAUCCUUGUUCCAUGUAUAGACAUCAUUUUUAUGAAUUUGUAUUUUGUGCAUUAGUCGAUUUUCUUUUCAAUAUUUAUCCCAGUCCAUUGUGAGACAUAUCAAGGAUGAUGCUCCACAGUGGAUGGGAGUGGAUGAUGCUCCACAGUGGAUGAUGCUCCACAGUUUUUACCCAGUAAUUUAACCUCAUGGUACCUGAAAAUACUCAUAAAUGAUCAUGUACAAAGUUACAUUAAAGAUUUGUUGCAUUUUAUUUGUUUUGCCUUUGAGAUAUGCAGACAAAUAUAUAUUACGAGGUCUUUGUUCGGUCUCUGUAAAGAAGAAUUAGUGUAAAAAAAAAUGACAAUGUAAAUUUAUUAGGCUUUUUAAAUGUUUCUAGAAAAACAAAUGAAAUCAAAACAGAACCACUUCCUGGUUGUAAACCAUGGUAACAGACGAGCCUGUCCAAUGGGAGUGAAGGAGGGCGGGCAUCAGAAGGGGGCCUGGAAUGCUCUUCUGCAAUCUAUGCAAAGAGGCACUGAGCACCCCGAUGGAGAGCCACCUGGAAUGGAAUGGACUGUUGGAUAAUGUUGAUUCUGUGAGAGGAACUUGGAUUAACUCAACAUGUUUUUCUUUCCAAUCAUGGGACGUGGAAUUAAACCUACAGACUUCCUGGUUACAGAUCAACUGUACCAGAAGCUUACAUACAGCCCCAGUGACAGCAAAGGAAGACACGUUUGAUUGGGCGGCAAUAGGACUUUCUCUGUCGACCGUUGUGGUGUUGUGCAGUUGUUUUUCUUAGACUUGUAUACAAAACAAGUAGAGUUUUAGGCGUGCAAAAAAAUGAAAACGAACAUUCAUGUACGGAAUAAAGUUUGGACCUAAUACCUGCA